UUGUCAUCCGUAGCUUCACCACCACCGUCCUCCCACAACAACAGUCCGGUGAGCCAGAAGAAGAGCGCACAAUGGGGCUGUAAUGUCAGCGACGCCUCGGAUCGGAGCAUCGCCUCGCAACUGCCGAGACUGUGUAUGGAUUUAAUGAUGAUGAAGAAGAAGAAAUUCAAGUUCAGGGUGGAUUUUGAGCUGGACGAGCUGUCGUCGGUCCCCAUCGUAAACGGCGUCCUCUUCUGUAAAGUCAGGCUGCUGGAUGGCGGCUUCUCCGAGGAAUCUUCACGGGAGCCUGUGCAGGCCAACUGCGUCCGAUGGAGGAAGCGCUUCUCUUUUCCGUGCAAGAUGAGCGCCAGUGCAGGAACCGGUGUGCUGGACCCCUGCAUGUGUCGCGUCUCGGUCAGAAAGGAGCUUAAGGGUGGGAAAGCAUACGCAAAGCUCGGUUUUGCAGAUCUGAAUUUAGCAGAGUUUGCCGGCUCAGGAAACACAACUCGGAGGUGUCUGCUGGAAGGCUAUGAUACCAAAAAUACCAGGCAGGAUAACUCCAUUCUCAAGGUUAUCAUCGGUACGCAGCUCAUGUCAGGGGAUCCCUGUUUCAAAACGCCUCCAUCCACAGCCACAGUGAUUGGGAUCCAGAGUGAUGGAGAGAGCCUGCUGGAGGAAAGGAGGGGCGGAGACUCACAGAAAGGCUUUUCUGGUGAAAGCCGAGAAGGAAAGGGUCCCGUCAUGUCAGACGAUCUGGGAGGCUGCGGCCACUCCCGGACCUCCAGCUACGCCAGCCAGCAGUCCAAACUCUCAGGCUACAGCACAGGUCACUCCCGCUCGUCCAGCAUGUCCGAGUUCAGCCACCGGAGAAACCACUCUGUGGGCAGCGCGUCGACAGGAAUCGGAAGCAUCCCGGAGCCGAGCGAGGAGCGAGAGUCCAAACCCUGUCCAGCUCUGCCGGAACACCCGGUUCCCACGGCAACCACGGGAAACCCACCGGGCACACCGGUGCGCAGUUCCUCGUCCUGCGAGCGACUGAACCGACAUCCAAUAAAACAGGACUCCAUGGAGUCUCAGCUGAAGAGAAUGGAUGACACUCGGGUGGACGCUGAUGAUGUUGUGGAAAAGAUUUUACAAAGUCAAGAUUUUACACCCAGCUUACUGGACUCCAGUGCUGAAGAGGAAGGCUUGCGUCUGUUUGUUGGGCCGGGAGGAAGCACAGCCCUGGGAAGCCAUCAUCUGCCCACCAGGGUUGGCGCUGGAGCAUACGAACAGGUGGUGAUGAAGCAUUAGCGCUGCGAUGACAGGAUGACCUUGAUCACACUUUAAACAAAUGGUUUGCGUUGGUUUCUCAAUUCCCACAGCAAACACAACGCCCCUUAUUAUCAGCACUGUGUCAAGCCUGAUCACUGAUUUCCGUCAUAACCAUAGCGCCCCCUUGUGUUCAUUUAAGCCACUGUCAUACAUUCAAGAGAAAGAAGUGGCAAGAUAUCAUCUCAGAUAAACACACAGAGCUGUAGAUUAAAGAAUUAAAAUGGUUGUUUAUCAAAUCACUCCAAGAAACUGUUAUAUCAUAUUUCAGUUGAAUGUUUUCACUCAGUUUGGGUGCUGGCAGAUCUACAUGUUUAUGCAUUUUUUUAUUACGUCAAUGAGAGGAGAUUAAUUUCUCUUUGUGCACCUUUAAAGUGAAAAGUGUUUUUGAUACAUUCCUUUAGUCUGCUUGUUUUGGAUGUACUUAAGAUAGGACUUUAUCUGGAAGAUUUGCCUGCAAGCAGCUGAAGAGCUGCAGUUGGCACCGAUAACUGUGUUUUCAAGGUGAGAAUAUUUUACUACAGAAGCAUAAGAUGUAAGCUAUUUUAUGUGUGAAUGCGGACAAUGAGUGGGUGACAAUGUGUGAGACUCCUGUGUUGAAUGAGUGAUGGGAUUUUAUGUAAUUUAAUGUUAAAACUGUCAAAGACAAAAGAGCAAAACUUGAUUUGUUUACCAAAACUGCAUUUUUUUUUUAACUAGAUUUUUAGCCAGUAUUUUACGCUUCUAAUCCAUCCAGAAAUUGAACAACCAAAUUUAUUUUAGAAUUAGCAACUUAUUAAUAAAAAUGUUCCCACUUUGCAUCAUUAAAUGAAACUGUAGGUAAAAAUGUGAGAAUUAAUAGCUUGAAUUAAUGUGCAUUUUGCUUAAAAGCUGUGCUUCACCAAUCCACACCGACCUGCAGGUCAGGGAAAUUACAAAGAAAAAAACAAAACAAUGAAAGUUCAUGUUUGACUGAUUAACUGGCUCCUGUGAAUCUGGUGCAUAUGUUGCAGUUUUGUUUGUAAACAAACUGAACAACAAAAAAUCUAGUAAAGUGAUCCACUGCCAAGAAGAAAACUCAACGGUCAGAUGCAUUUAGAGCCAACAGCAACAAUUUAUAUUUAAGUAAACUCAUUUAAGAUUCACUAAUAUGGAAGAGGAUUAAGGCCAGUGAAAAAAAUUUAAUAAAAUUCUGACUUUGAAAGAAAAAGUCAAAAUUCUGAGAUUAAAUUCAGAAUUCUGAAGGGGGAAAAAAAUCUGAAUUUUGGGGGGAAAAAAGUGUAAUUUUGUUUGUUUUUUCUAGUGGCCCUAUUUCUCUUCCGUACAUCACACACACGUUGAUAUUUAAAUAAAUCGUUCUCACAAUCAUUGUGAAGAAAACCAACCUGACCGUUGUCCAGCAGCCAGUAACUGAGACCCUCAGCAAGGAGGAUUUAAUAAUUACAUAAAAAUGUAAUUAUUAAAAUAACCUGGCUGUAUCCAAGAAUACUUGGGGAACGUAUAGUGGAAGGAAAACCUUUGGUAGAAAACUGCACUAUUGAUUGAAUCUGUGCUGAAUUCCUCUUAUUGUAUGAAGACUGUUUAUAUCCUGUUAGAGUUCAAAGUUCAUGAUGUUUCAGAACAAAGUAGGUAAAUAACUUGACGAGUAUCAACAGGUCAACCGUCUAGAAAACGGGCUCUGCUGAAUCUUUAAGUUUUGCUUUUCCAUCAGAACUGACUGCAAAUUGUAGAAUAAAUGUUAAACUCAUUACAGCCAUAUCUGCACAAGCCUUUGGUGUUUUAACUAGGCCAUUUUGUGACAUGCAUGGUUAUAAUCUUCUGAGCUUUACGGAAGUUUCCAGUCAAAGCCAGACGCAUUUUAUCCUCCUCCUCGUUCUCAUUUUAUUGUGCCAUCCAUUUUCACGUUGAAGGAAUAAUUGUUCACUUGUUCAUCAUCCAAAAUGUAAUUUUGUUCUCAUAAAAUGUCGUCUGAAGUAAUUAAUCAUUUUUAGUUGUUUUUGAUUUGAAGAUUUCUGAAGAAGAAAAAAGAUACUAUCGUUUUUGUUUUCUAAUCUUUGUUGCCGAUGUGACAUUUUUAAUAAAUGUUGUCUGAAAAUAAAGUGUCUUUUUUAUGAGCAAUUUGGUACUAAAUGUUUAAACUCUGGGUGCCAUUUGUCUUUUCGUCUGAAGGUGAUUUUUUUGUCUUUUUGUUUGGAAUAAAGCGUUUAUCUGUGUGGCGCUCAUCUCGGUACCCAACAUGUUCCAAACAUGGUGCUUUUCUCUUCUGUGAAGCUGUUGUCUAAUUAAAACUGUAAACUAUUGUAAAGUGACGUUCUGACACGUUGAGUGUUCUCUGUUACGGAUUUGUUUUUUUGACAAACUGCUUCCCUAAUGACUGUAUUGAUCAGCAAAAUGUCUCCCCAGCACUGCUGAAUAAAACAGUUUAAACGCCUC